GCUGCUGCUUUAAUCUUCUGAUCCGGUUUGCGUAUCGCAAUGGCCUGGUCGGGCUAUAUUGGUUGAAAUUUUCCUUCCCGUGGGUCCUACCAUGUCAGAUAGGCUGUUUGAAGAGCCGUAAUACUAAAAUCAGCAAAUUCAUGGUAUGUGACGUCAGUAAAGUGUCUCCCUAAGGUUCGACCACUGCCACCAGUUAAAAAGCGUAUCACUUUAAAAACAGCUCUUAAAGCUUUUGGAUUAUUUUGUACAUUUACAGGCAGUGGUCUUUUAGGUUACAAACUAUUUGUAGAUUUACCAUCAUACAAUGGACCAACAAGAGAUUUGCAAAAUAAACCAAUCGUGAUAACACAACCAUGUUCCAAAAUAUCCCGUGAAAUUGUAUAUAAUUUAGCUAAACAAGGUGCACAUCUUAUUUUAGCUGAUCAUCAUUGGGAUAAAUGUGAUGAAUUAAAAGAACGUUUAAUACGUAAAUAUGGUAUUAAAUCAGAUAUGAUUGAAUGUCGACGUUUAGAAUUAGAUAGUAUGAUAUCAAUACGUCGUUUUGUUGCUAAUCUAUUAAAUGAUUAUUCUCAAUUAGAUACAGUGAUUAUUCAAUCACCAUCUUAUAUUAAUAAUAUUAUUUCUGGUAAACGAUAUAUUACACAUGAUGGAUUUGAAAAAGAAUUAGGUAUUAAUUAUUUUUCUACAUAUUUAUUAAGUCGUUUAUUAAUUAAUCAAUUAAAUGAUAAUAAUGGACGACUUAUAUUAGUGAUUGAUACAAAAUCAGCUAAUAAAAAUCAACAAAAUUUAAUGAAUAAUUCAUUUAUAGAAACAUCAAAAAUUACAAUUCCAUUAGAUAAUAUUAAUUGGGAUAAUGAAUUAAAUUAUACACCAAAAAAUGCAUAUGAUCGUGCACAAUGGUUUUUAUUAAUGUUUGCUGAUGAACUUGCACGUCGUAAUUCUUCAAUUCAAGGUAAAAAAGCAUCAAUUCUAGUUACAAAUCCUAUUGUUACACGAGGUUUAAGUCCUGAAAUGGAUGAGAAAUAUUUGAAUACUAAAGGAAUUUUAAAAUUAAUUUACAUGUUAAUUGAUGCUUGUCCACGUUUAAUUAGUCGUAAAUCAUCAAAUACUAGUUUAUUUUGUACAACUGUUGAUUCUUCCAUUAUUGAUUCAACAAAUGAUCAAUCAAUUGUUAAUUGUGCUCCAAUCUAUCAAGAUCUACGUUUAUUGAUUUCUUCUAAACAAAUGGAUCAAACCAUUGAAAAUAGACGUCAUGCAUCAGAAUUAUUAUGGAGAUUAAGUGAAAAAUGGACUCGAUUAGAUACUCAUCCUAAUGCAUUACCAUUACCUAAUAAACCAUUAAUAAAGAAUAAUGAUAGCAAACUAUCAGAUGGCAAUGUUGAAACUGUCUCAACAAUUCAUGCAUAAAUUGUAA